CAUGUGACCCACAGGUCCCCGCCCCCGCCCCACGUGGUCGUGGCUCGCCCCUGCCUUGGCAAGAUGGCGGCGCCCAGGUAUAGUGCACCUGUCCUCUGGGUCCGGGGUACCAGCCCGGUUUUGAAGAGUCUCUUUACUCUUGACUCAAAGCCAUUUUGUUCCACCGCUGCUGCAUCCAGGCCCCUGAGUGCCCAACAAUUAGCGGAGAAACUCCGAGCCCAGAAAAGGGAACAAAAGACGAAGAAGCAGCCGGUGCCCACAACCCCUGUUCAGCGGAGGGUGCAAGAACUAGUGCGGUUCACACAGCAGUUGCAACGAGUUCAUCCCAACGUUCUUGCUAAGGCACUGAGCCGAGGGAUUCUCCACCAGGACAAGGACCUUGUGGUCAUCAAUAAGCCCUACGGUCUCCCUGUCCAUGGUGGCCCUGGAGUCCAGCUCUGCAUCAGUGAAGUAUUGCCCAUUCUGGCAAAGAUGUUUCAUGGCCAUAAGGCAGAGCCCUUGCAUCUGUGUCACCGGCUAGACAAGGAAACCACAGGUGUAAUGGUGCUGGCUUGGGAGAAGGAAGUAGCACAUCAAGUUCAAGAGCUAUUUAGAACCCGUCAAGUGGAAAAGAAGUACUGGGCUGUCACUGUGCGUGUCCCCGUGCCCUCGGCAGGAGUCGUUGAUAUCCCCAUCAUUGAGAAGGAGGUGCAAGGGCAGCAGCAGCACCACAAGAUGACACUGUGCCCGAGCUACCGCAUGGACAAUGGGAAGAUGGUGAAGGUGCGGACCAGCCGCAAUGCCCAGAUUGCUGUAACUCAGUACCAGGUGCUCAGCAGCACUGUGUCCUCUGCCCUCGUGGAGCUCCACCCUGUUACUGGAAUAAAACAUCAGCUUCGAGUUCACCUGUCUUUUGGAUUGGAUUGUCCAGUCCUUGGUGAUCACAAGUACUCAGACUGGAAUAGGUUGGCUCCCCAGAAGCUUCCUAUUGGCACCCUGAAGAACCUGGGACUGAAACAGUCAAAGGCUCGCUACAUCCCCCUCCACCUGCAUGCCCGGCAGCUGAUCCUGCCUCCCCUGGGGUCCAGGAAGGAGGAACUCCAGUUGGUCUGCAGACUUCCUCACUUCUUUGUACAUUCCCUGCACCGCUUGGGUUUAGAGAUGCCAAAUCAAAAUGAAAAUGAACACAAUGAAGCCAGGCCGCUGGGAGCACAGUGAAAACUAUUGGGCAGUUUGGCCUCUAAACUCUUAGCUUUGUUUCAUGGACGUUUCUAAUGUCUCACUUGGUACAGACGCCAGGAGAGCCAGGUGGGAUAAGUUGAAGAGACCCAGCUGCUUCCGGACUUUUAAUGGAGAAUAAUGUCUAUUUACUGAGAGUUUGGCCACCCUGUAGGAAAGCCUGCUGGCAGUCUCCUGGACACAGGGUCUCCGCCAAGAUGGAAGUGAGCCCAGGAGAAGGCAUAUUGGGGCAAUAAUUGGAAAAGGAGAUCUAAAGCUAGACUCUGGGCAGAAAUGUUUUCAUCCAACAGGAAAGCAUUUGAGCUGUCUGGUAAACACCGAUACAGUGGACCCUUGACUUACAAACUCAAUUCAUUUACAAGGGCUGUUGUAACUCAGAUUGAUCAGGCUCCUCUACACAGCCUUCAAAGUCUCUCUCCUGUAUAAUUUUAGGCCACACUUUUCUUACAGGCAGAGCUCAGUGUUCUUAGGCAUUGGCCCAGGAUUUUCAAUUAACCCUAUACAGAAAAGGAUGUUGUAAUGUUCCUUCCAGAACUCUUAAGGGUUAAAUCUGUAUCUGAGACCCAUCUCCAUGCAAAAUGUCCAGCUUUUGAGUCAUAACUCAAGACUUUGGUUGUAAGUUAAAACUAAAAUUCUGGUUGUGACCCAAGUUGUUCGCAUGUCAGGCUGGUCAAAACUUGAGGGUCCAAUGUAGUUGGAAGAAGCAUAACAGUUAAACACAGAUCAUGGGUCCUGAGUUCGAUCCCUGGUACUGGAAAAAACCAAAAAAUACAGAUCAUGCAAUCCUUUCCAUAGGAAAACAGUACGUAUAAAUCAUAUCUGUGGUUUUAAGCAUCCACUGGGGGUCUUGGAACAUAUCCCCGUUGCAAGCUCCUCAGUGCUAGGUUUUGUGUUGGUUGCUGAGCUGGGAGCUACCAAACUGGUGACUUUUGGUGUGUGGAGAAUUCCUAAGCUACCCUGGGAUAUUAGGUCUUCACACUGGAGAUGAGCAGAUGUCUGCUCUUCAGCACCUUCCCAGACCUCUUUGAAGCCAAAUUCAGCAUUUUCAUGCACACAUACACCCCAAAGAGCCGCCUUCUGUGUCCACUGAGUCAUGGGUUGCCUAAAGGCCAGAACAGCAAACUUAACCCUAACAGAGGAUUUAGGGGUGGUUUGAAUCAUAGGAUAGGCUAUAUGAUUUUAGUUAAUCCAAAUAGGCUGAACUAUUCUGAUAUGUUUUUGGUCAAAAGGCAGCUUUAAAAAAAUAGCUACAUUUGAAGUAAUUUUUAUUUAUAAAUAUGAAAUACGUCUUUUAAAAUUGAAUAGAACAUAAACUCACAUACUAGGUUAUGUAAUCUACAUGUAAUCAGUUGCCAUCUCAGCAUCGGUGGGGAGGAUAUCCCCGUGGCCCGUCAUCCCCAGUCAGAGAGGUCUGCAUUCAGAUGUGUAACAGAUAACGUCCAGGACCAGACCUAGUUUUGGGGCGCCCAGGGAUGACUGCUGUGAAUGUGUAGGGAUGGCAAGGGGUAGGGUCUACUUACUAACCUAGACCACUUGGCACCAGGGUUAGGACCUGCUCUGUUUGGGCUUCAAGCCUGGUGGGAAGGAUAAAGGAACCCACUGUGUGCCAAAUACUGCUUGAUGCAGAAGUGAGCAAAACACUGAUGUUAAAAAGUGAGCACUCAGGGGCGAGGAUUUAGCUCAGUGGUUCCACCGCCUGCCUCGCAAGUGCAAGGACCCGAGUUUGAUCCCUGGUACCAAAAAAAAAAAACCCAAAAAAGUGAGCACUCAGCCAGGUGUAAUGCCAGUACUCGGGAGGCAAAGGCAGAAUUGAAGUUCGAGCCUAGCCUAGGUAAGCUAAUGACUUAGCCAGAGCUGUCUCAAAAUAAAAAAUAAAAAAGGGUUGGGGAUGUAGCUCAGUCCAGAGGCCCCGAGUUUGAUCCCUAGUGUUUAAAAAAAAAAAAAAAGAUCACUCUUCAAGAUGCUUAGGGCAGGGGUCGGCAGGCAUUGUCUAAAUAGCCACGUAGCAAAUAUUGGACUUUGCAGCCCCUGUCACACCUGUGCCAUUUAGAAUGAAAAUAGGAUGUAUAUCACUGAGCAAGACUGUCCCAAGGCAAUUUUGUUAAUGGAUUCUGCAAUAUGUAGUUCAUACAAUUUUCAUGUCAUUAAGUGUAUUAGCUCAAGCUGCCAUUUUUCACCAUUCUGGAGGCUGGAAGUCUAAGAUCAGGGUGUGGGCAGGGGGAAGGUCUGGUGUUUCUUUUUUUUUUUGAGACUCAUUACAUAGUUCAGGCUGGUCUUGAGCUUAUGGCAGGCCUCCUGUUUCAAGCUCCCAAGUUCUGGGAUUACAGGCUUGGGCCAUCACACCUGACCAAGUCUGGUUUUUCUUGAGGUCUCCCUGGGUUGCAGAUGGCCACCCACUGUGUCCUUAUCAGGAGUUUUUCUGUGCAUGUGCAUCCCUGGUUGCUCUUCCUUUUAUACCCACUAGCCAGACUGGCUCAGGGCCCUACCAUUGUGAUCUCAUUUGACCUUAAUAAUCUCCUUAUAGGCCCUGUCUCCAAGUCACAUUAGGGCCUUUAACAUAUAAAAUUUUUUCUUUUUAAAAGUUUUAUUUAACAUAAGAAUUUGGGGGGGACCAGGGAUUUAGUUCAGUGGUUUCGCGGCCUGCUGUGCAAAUGCAAGGACCCAAGUUCGAUCUCCAAUACAAAAAAAAAAAAAACUUUGGGGGUGAGAGCACAGUUCUGUUUGUAACACCAAGUAGUAUUACUCUGAUCUCCCCAACCAUUUAUAAAAUGUAAAGACCAUUUCUUCAUUCAUAGUGCAACUGAGGGAACAACCUAUGUAAAUGCUCUAGCUUCAUUUUAAGCUGACUUUAAGACACUAAUUUCAGAGGUCAUGCUACUGAGCAGCAUGUGAUUAGUCCCCCAUCAACUUCGAUGCCUUUGAUGAUAACAGAAGCCUAGGUGACUUCAGGGGCUUGAAGGACAUUUUUGCUGCAAGCACUGACUCUUGAAGUUGGCCUGUGAAAGUAUCGGAUGGUGACUAAAACAGUGAAAGGGCUUGGCAUCUCUUUCAUGUUGUAUCCAUCUCCUUUGCUGCUUUCACAUUUGGGGAGAUUUCUGCUCAACUCUGCAUGUAGAUGUGUUGGUCCCUGAAGAAGUGUUUAUCCAGGACUUGAUAGUACAAGACUGGUUUACCCUCAACUUAGUCUCUUCUCCCCUUUCAAGGCUGAAGACAGCAAGAUAAGAGUAACUAAGAUAUUUUCAAGAUUUACAGACCAUCAGGACCUUGGGGAUUUCCUCCGAACCUACUGCCAGGUUUCCUUACUUCCUAUUCCGGGUCUCUGGAAGGUCACCUAGAAGUCUCCAGUUAUCAGUCCUUUCAGAACCUAAGCCUCUCUUUCCCCUUUGAGUGAAAGGGGCUUGAAACUUAGGCUGAGUUAAGAUGGUCUUUGUUGGCAGUAGUCCGCCAUCUCAUUUUGCUGGCAUUCUGAGUUACUUUUUCCUUGUGCCAACAAUUUGUCCUCAAUUCAUUGGGCCCCUUUUUGAGCAGUGAAGUAAACAGACUUGGUGUUACGGCUUGUAUCUAGAUGUCCCCUCAAAGCCCUGUGCAGUCAUUAGGGGGGCCUUUUAGAAGUGGCUGGAUCUAAAUGUGUUGCCAAGAUCAAGGGUGUGUGAUUACUAAAUCAGUCCACUGAUUGGUUUGGCACUUGCCCUAAGCCUGGUAGCCUAGAUAGAAUAAAAGAAGCAGGAAGAAGCUGCUAAGGUGGCUUGGACUUGCUUCUUUGCUACUUGGUUGCUUUGCUAUCUUGUUCCAGCCAUGAACUAUUUCUCCUCUGGAUGCCCCUCUGCCAUGCCACCCUGCCUUAGGACUAGCCAACUAGGGACUGAUAUCUCUACAAACUGUGAGCUAAAGAAACCUUCCUUCCUUUAACUUUGGGUGUCGGGUAUUUCGUCUCAGCAAUGAGAAAAAGUAACUAAAACACUUAGAUUCAGUAACCACAGAUCAUACAGAAACGUGGUGGGCUCUAUUCAGCCCACAGGCUGUACUUUGGUUGUUGUUCCUAUCUCUAGUAAAUCAUGCUUCUCAAGAUAAAAGGACAAGACUGUGGCACCUAGGAAAUAUUAAUUGACUUUGAUUUAGGGAGACAGAUGAAGAGAGCUUCUGGUGUAGUGGUAGUUCAGAGAAAUCUCAGGUACUCAGGUAACUACCUCCAGGGCCCAGGAAGUAGCCCCCAUGCUGUGGGAUGGAUCCAGGGAGGACUGGGGCUAGGGACUGGCUAGAAAGAGGUGGAGCUGCCUGCAUAGCAUUGUGGUGGUUUGGUAGGAGUAAGGGAUGAUGUUUUUCUGUUUUAUUAGGCCUAAAAAAAAGGAUUAAAUAUUUUUUUGCUGCAUCCUGGGCUGGACUGCCUGAGCAAUGGUUGCUGCUGGGUACAGUUAUCUUUGAUCAUUGCAAGUAAUCUAAGGAAUUGUACCCCAGGUUGGUGUGACCUGGGACACUGAGGAUACAGGGCAAAGGAGCUUGGAACGUGCCUAAAUGAACUCCACCUAUUUUGAAAUAUCAAUUACAGCCCAUUAAAAGAGUUGAUGUAGUACUAAGUCAUAUAAGUAGGAUAAGAAAAUGGGUUUUUUUUUUUUGGUACCGGGGAUCGAACUCGGGUCCUUGCACUUACACAGCAGGCGGUGAAACCACUGAGCUAAAUCCCUGGCCCUGAAAAUGGUUUUUCUUAAGAUUUGUUACCAAAUUUCUACAUGCAUGUGAUUUAAAAAUACUGUAAAGGCUUAUAAGGAAAAAGAGCGGUUUGUUGCCCAUAUGGGGCUUUUAUUUUUAGCUCUUUCUGAAAUGUCUGUGUACCUCUGGUAAGUGCUUAUACUCACGAAGCUGGAGGGGAGCUAACCCAGGCACCCUCUGGGAGCAGCAUCUCACUUCCUAGACAGGUGUUUUCCAGGCUCCACAUGCCCAGUUUAGACCCAUAAAGAGCUUUCUUGGUCUUCAGAUCACACAUGUUUUCAUGUUUGAUAACUGGAUUUCUCCCACCCUGGGCUCCUCACUCACUUUGUUUCCAUGAACUCUUUCAUGUCUCCUCAUUUGAUCUGUCAGGCUCCUUGAAGGUUCCUACUGUGUAGGCACAGAGCUUCAUCUUUGCAUCUUGCCACAUCGCAGGUGACCUCGUGGCAGAGCUGGGUCAACUUAGAGACCUCUGCCUGUGUGCAUCUGACUCUGUCUCUGACCUUGAUCUCCCCUUGAGCUCUAGAUGAACAUCUGCUUGUGGUUAUCUCUCCUUGGGAGCUUCCCAGUGGGUUCCCUGCAUCAUGGCCAAAGUGCUUUUCACUUCUCUCCAGGACUGUUCCUCCUCUUCUGUCACCUGUCUUAGUUAAAUGCUAUCACUGGCACCCUGGAUAUCACCCCUCUUCUCCCUUGCACGUGCCCCCAGAUCUAGUUAGUCACUAUCUUUGUUACCUUGUUCGUCACUGAGACACAAUACCUGACACCCACAACUUAAAGAAGGAAAAGUUUAUUUUGGCUCACAUUUCAGUCCACAGUCACCUGGCUCUGAGGUAAAAUGGCAUGGCAGAGGCACAUGCUGGGGGAGAGCUGCUCACGAUAUGACAGACAAGAAGCAGAGAGUAAAGGAAGGAGCUGGGGCGGGCAGUAAACCUGUGGAGGUCAGAUGGGAAGAAUGAGGCCUAAUUGGCCUCCUCAGCUGGCAUUGAGGAAAAAGAGCACAUACAAGGGUGCUAACGUGCUGCAGAGAAAAGUAAAAAGACCUGAGGUUAAGUUGUUUGCCCUUACUGUGGAGGGUGGGAGACAGAUAAAUCCUGUGGAACUCUUAAUUGCUUGUGCCUGUGUCUGAGUGAAUAAAGCCAAGGUGUGCCAGUCAUUUGGCGCUCUGUGUCGAAGGGAGCCAUGAGCCCUCUGACCCCCCAAAUUAUAACCUGUUUCUGUGUAUUUUUCAUCUUCAUCACCGCUUGGUCAGGUUCGAGCUCAGCUUGUAGGCUGUUUUCUACAUAAAUCCUUCCGGGUCACACCCACAGUAACUUGCCUCCUCCAACCAGAACCUACCUCCUAACUGCAAGCCAGCUAUAUUGCCACAUGAUCCAGUCACCUUUCAAAGGCCUCACCUAUGUGUGCAUGAGGCUUUGGGGGACAUCUAGAUAUAAACAUAGCAUUCCAGCCCGGCCCCUCAAAUGUUCGUGCACAUCUAUGUGCAAAAUGCACUUAGUCCAUUUCUAAGAGUUACUAACAUUUUAACAUUUUCAGCACUGCUGAAAAUGCCAGGACCAAAGUCUCUGAGACUCAAAGCAAACUCUUAACUCUGAGCCUCUGUAAACAGCAAAAGAAAGUUAAAAACUUCUAGCAUAGAAUGCUACAGGAUAAACAUUCCCAUUUCAAAAGGGAAUAGGGGAUAGAAAGCAAUGGGAACAAAGCAAAACUGAAACCCAGUAGGGCAAACAUUAAAUCCUGUAGCUCUGUCCAGCACCCAUGGCAAGUUGUGGCUAUGAGAUGUGAACUUUAAAGGGCUUGGGUGGCCCUGCCCCUAUAGCAUUGCUGGUAUUUUAGCUCUCAUGGUUUCUCCCUUGGGCUGGCUUUGCUCAGACAUCCCAUGUUCCUGGCUUCUCCAAGUUCCUGGGGUCUCCACUGUGCUUUUGGUUUUACUCUCACACCUUCACACUCUGCCCUCUCAGGGUCACACUCCCUGGCCUUCCAAACCUUCAGAAGUCUGGGUGGAAGUCUUCCUGACCCCACAAGCACCAUGUAGAUGAUGCCAAGGGUCAGCUGCCAGCUUGAGCAGUAGCUAGGCCUUUUUGGGCCAUUGCUCCGGAGGCCUCUGAAUGUCUGAGCACUGUCAACCAAAUCCUGGGGAACAAAUUCUCUAGCCUGCUGCACUGUCAUGGAGCAUGAUGCCCUGGGGCUCUCUUAAAGCAAAGUCUCACUUUUGCAAGUUUGAGCCUGCAGAGAGUGGGGCCUUGCUGAUUCCUGACAUGCUCUUAAACUGUCUUUUCCUAUUGUCCUGAUCCAAAGUACUUGGCUUCUUUUUAAUGUUAAUCUUUUCAGCAACCAAGCUCACCUCUACCUCUUUGUAGAUGUCUUUUCUGGCAAAACAGAAAAUUUAAAAUGGGCCUUUUGCUCUUGAUUUUCAGUAUAAACUUGGCUAAAAGCCUCCAACAGUAUUCAUGCCACAGCCCCAACAUUGGGCUGCCUUGAAAUUUCCUCUGCCCGAUGAAUUAGUCCUCUGUCCUUAAUCUCAGUCUCCCAGAAAAUCUCAGGACAUGAGCAAAAUGUGAAAAAUUUUCUGCUAGACCAUAAUACACAUGGUCUCAAGUCCAAUUGCCAAUGGAGUCCUUGUUCCCAUCUGAAACCUCUUGAGCCUGGUCUUUAUCAUAUUUUAGUCCAUAGUCAGCUGGCUCCAAGGCAGGAUGGCAUGCCAGAACAGUGCUGCUUAAAGCAUGGCAGACAAGAAGUAGAGAGUGAAGGGAGGAGUCAGGAGGAGAUCACACCCCCAGUGACCUGCCUCUUUUGACUAGGCAGACCCUGCCUCCUAACAGCAAGUCAGUUAUAUUGCCCCCAUAACCCAAUCACCCUUCAGAAGCCCUGCCUAGAAGCACAUGAGGCUUUGGGGGAAUAUCUAGAUAUAAACCAGAACAGUCACUAAGUCCACCCCAGUUCACUCUAAAUCCCUUCUUUUAAAAUUCACUUCCCUCUUUAAUCCUGCAAUCUCUACUGAGCAUUAGCAUCACUGUUUUCUUUUCUUUUGGUACCAGGGAUGGAACUUGGGACCUUGAGCUUUCGAGGCAAGCAGCAGAACCACUGAGCUAAAUCCCUGGCCCCCUAAACCUGCUGCCUUUGGCUAUCUGGCCUGCUUUUAGGCAGAAGGGGUAGAGGAUGUGCAGAAACUUGCCCAUCUGUGCUUAUGCAGAGUGCACUGUGUGGAUGUAAGUAGUGUUUCCUCCAGUGGGGUGCAAAGUCUGCUUGCUCAAUGCAGUGUGAUUCCAACACCAGCUACCCAGAUUUAGGCCAGAUGUCACAAGCUAAGAGCACAUCCUUCUAAGGACCAUCCUCACUUCAGAUUCUACUUGGCAGGUCUGAGUUCUCUAUUCUCUUACUCUUCUGAUCAACUGGCUACAAAUUCAGAAGUUCUUAAAGUUCAGAAGUUCCCUCAGGUGUGAUCAUCCAGUAGAAUGAUUCCAGAGGUCAGUAAAGUGCUAAGCUUAUGACUACAGUUUUAUUAUAGCAACAAAAUGAUACAAAGCAGGUCCAGCCAAAAGAAGAGAUGCACAGGGUGAGGUCUGGGAAGUCCUAAGCAUGUGCUGUGUCUUCUCCCUGAGAAACCAGGGCAUAUCAUUCUCCCAACAUGGAUGGGCAUCACCAGCCAGGGAGGUCACCCAAGCUUUGGUGUCUAGAAUUUUUAUUGGGGUUUCAUUAUGUAAUCAUGAUUGAGUAUUGGCCACUGUAACUGAACUCAGUUUUCAGCCUGCCUUGUCCCUAGUGGCUCAGGCCUCAACUCUCUAUUCAUAUGAUUGGUCUUGGCAUGCUAACUCCCUCUGGAAGGUAUUAGGGGCCCUAGUAGCAUGAACCAUCAGAGGCAUCAUGAAUAACAAAGAUGCACCUAUCACUUGGAAAACCCUAAGGAUUUAGAGGCUCCCUCCCAGGAGAGUUCUUUAUUAUACAACACUCCAUUUCUCUUCUCCAUCUCCAGUUCAUUUAGUCUUCUCUUCAUGUCCUAUUAGGGAUUUUUCACCUUGCUGCCUUUUGAGUGACCAGCUUUCAUGGCAUGCUGCAUAGAUGCCCUCAUCAGCUGAAGCCUUGGGGUCCUUUUAGGUGAGAAGCCUUGGGCCAUUUCUUUUCACCCUUUUCCUCACACCUGACUAGGCACAUUCUUACUUCUACUGGCCUUAGCAGGGAACGGACCUAAUAUGGUUACAUAGUAAGCUGAAGUUCUUUCUCUGGUAUUUUCAUGAUUUGUAUAUACACAUGUACUCACAUCCCAGAUGUGUCUCCAUACUCCUGAACCCACACUAUUCACAUCCCUUCUCUCUAACUCAGCUGCUUCACACCUACUGGGCUGUUGGCUCCCCUUAGCCCACUCUAUGGAACUCUUCAGUGGAAAGUUACAAAUGCUUUGUGACGGUAAACACAGGAGGCAGGAGACCAGCGAAGAGGCAGACACAGUACUCCAACACAAGUGAUGAUGGCCUGGGUUAGGGUGGAGCAUGCAGUAGUAGAGAGGUUUGAAAUACAACUUGGGGUUGCCAAGGGCAGAACUGAGAGUGGAUUGAGAAGAGAUGAGGAAGAGAACCAAGGACAACUCCCCAAGGUCUGUUUGAGCAGCAGAGUGGGAGGUGAUUUGGCAGUAAGUGAGGGAUGGAUGCGUUCGGAAGCUGCCUUUCCAACCCCACACAGCUGUUGUCACACCUUCAUGCAGUCACAGAGGACAGAGGAUGCUCAUUACCCUGGUGCUGGGAGCAUGCCACCAUCUUUAUUACUCGGCACUUAACCGCUUCACGUCUCAGUCACUUCCUAUAAUUAUAUGGCCUCCUCCUGGCCUGUGAGCUUCUUGCAGGCUGGCACCAUGGUUUUCAUCUUUGUGUCCUCGGACCCCAAGCCCCACACCUGAAAACCCUUGCAAAGGCACUGAGAAUCAGAGGGUCAGGCCUACCCCUGAGAGAAGCUAAGGUUCUGGAGCCAAGCAGUCUUGAGUUCAAAUCAUAGCUAUGCUGCUUUAUUUGCUAGGGCUGUGGAUUGUUCAUUUAACUUGUUUGAGGCUCACCUGCAAAAUGAGUAUAAUAAUAGUACCCAUAUUAGCCAGAUAUCCUAAGGAUUAAAAGAAAUAAUUCAUAUUCAAGUUUCCAGAAGAGUUCCUGACAGAAGACUCAAGUCAGUGUAAUAGUUUGAAACAUACUAACUUGCCAUUUAACAAAUAUCUUUAUUGAAGUAUAAUUCAUGUAUCAUAAACCUCAUUCAUUUAAAAGUAUAUCCAUUGGUAUUAGUAUAUUUGCAGAAUUGGACACAUCACCAUGAUCUAAUGGCAGAAUAUUUUCAUCCCCAUAAAAAGAAAUCCCAUACUCAUUUAACAAUCACUCCCUAUUCCAGUGAUGGUGAACCUUUUAGAGCCUUCAAUGAUAACAAACAACCUGCUGUGGCAUCAUGCCAUGGGUUUGCCACCACUGUUUUCCCACAGACAUCCAGUCACAGCCAGCUACCAAUCUAUUUUCUGUUUUUAUGGCUUUGCCUAUUCUGGAUGUCAUAAAUAGAAGCAUACAACAUGUAGUCUAUUGUGACUGGCUUCUUCCACUUAGCAUAAUGUUUUUGAAGUUCAUCCAUGUUGUAACAUAUAUUUCUUUUUAUUAUGAAAAAUAUUCAAAUGCAGUCAUAGCAAAUUUUAUCUAUUCAUCAGCUGAUGGUUGUUUCCACUGUUUGACUGCUGCUGUGAACAUUCAUUUGUGAGUUUUUAGGUGGAUGUAUGCUUUAAUUUCUCUUGGGUGCACAGGUAGGUAUGAAACUGCUGUGACACAUGGCAACUCUGUUUAACACUUUGUAGAACCACCAUCCUGUUUUCCAAACUGGUUGCACCAUUUUAUAUUCUCAGCAACAGUGAGGGUUCCAAUUUCUCCCCAACACCUGUUAUUACCUGACUUUCUGAUUGUAGCCAUCCAUGUGUGUGUGAAGUGGUUUCUCAUUGUGGUUUUGAUUUGUUAUUCAGUGAUGGUUAAUGAUGUUGGGCACCUUUUUGUGUGUUUGUUGACCACUUAUAUAUCUUAUUUGAAGAAAUGUCUAUUCAAAUUCUUUGUCCAUUUUAAAUUGAUUUUGUCUUUAGUUAUCAAGUCAUAAAAGUUCUUUAUAUAUUCUGGAUAAUAGUUAUAUGUCAGAUAUAUGAUUUGUAAAUAUUUUUCCCUCUUGUUGCUUGUCUUUACUUUCCUGAUAAUAUCAUUUGCAUCAUAACAUU